AUGUUAUAUUUUUAUCAUUUGAAAAGUUAUAAAUAUUUAAAAGGCGAUAACAGAUUAUUGCAAAACAAAUUCGCGAAAUGUGAUGGUUUACUUUUAGUCGUUUCCCAGAAAACAGCCAACAUGAAUAUGAAUUGUUUCAUUGUGAUCACUGUGGCACUGAUUUGGUGCCAGGCAGCUAGAUCAAUAGAAUCAAAUUUUUAUUAUGAAGAAUGCUGUGGUAAAAAAGGUGGAGCGUGUGUUUUAAAAAAUGAAUGUCCUCAACCAGUUUCGGAGGAAUUCGAGUCGCUUUGUCCUCUCCAGAAAUCAUUAGGGGCUGUUUGUUGCAAAGGAAUAAAAUCAGAAGACCUCAACUGCUACCAACAACACAAUGCAUGUUUCGACCCGAAAAAAUGCCCAAACAAUUUAAACCUAGGGAAAAAAGGAUGUCCAGAAAAGCAAAUAUGUUGUGUAUUAGUUUAGAUUCUAUUUUAUUCAUAUAAAUAAAUAAUACAGACCAAAUAAAUAUAAUUUUACAAACAUUAAUUAUUUCUUUUAAAUUUCCACAUAAAAUAACCAAUUAAAAUCCAUACUUAGCUCGACUCAUCAUCCUAUUACUCCUGCUAGUGGCCCACGCAGCCUUCAAUUCCUGCUCUUUAGCCUUGGCUUGCUGGGCCAAAAACGUAAUAUGAUGUUUUCGUUUUUUAGUAGAAUCUAUGGUACCAUCAUCCUCUGGCGGUUUGGGAGCGAGAUCCGGAUCAGUCAAGGACUUGGUCAUCAUUAAAUCUCUGUCUGGCAUUGAGUCGUCUUCAUUAAUGUCGAUUAGUUUGAUGUUACCUAUUGGCCGCCUGGAUUUUCCUAUUAGUUCUUUGAAGGCUUCGUUGUCUAGACCAUCGUAAGG